AUGCCGACCCCGACGUGGACGUGGCACCGAGAUAACUUUGAGAUCUCGACAGAUCCGACCCUCAUACCCCUUGACACACUGAAUGAAUUCUUGGCCUCGGACGACAUGAGCUGGGCAAAGCCUCUCCCAUUCAAGGAACUGGAGGCAAUGGUCCACCGAUCGGUGUGUUUUGCACUGUACGAGAACGACAACAACAAGGAUGACAAUAACGACAACAACCACCCCCCGCCCCAGCCGCGGCCGAAGAAGCUUAUCGGCCUCACGCGCUGGAUCACCGACGGCGUGACGGUCGUGUACUUGAACGACGUAUACAUCUUGCAGGAAUACCGAGGGAAGCGGCUGGCGAACUGGAUGAUGGAAUGUGUGGACGAGGUGUUCAAUUCCAUGGAGCACCUGAGGGGCAUGAUCAUGAUUGUGGACAAGGGGAGUCAGGCCGAAGCGCUGUACCGGACGCAUUUGAGCAUGGACGAUCUGGAAAGUCCGGGCAUCUUGCUGGAUCGUAAGGGUAAGGGUAGUGCAUACUGA